CUUGGCCCAGCUGGGGCCGCGUUGCGCACUCUUCAUUGGCCGAGGCGGCGCGGGGGCGGAUCCGGGCCUGCCAUUGGCUUUGGGUGCCGUGACGCUGAGCAGCCGGGUGUCAUGGAGGCCCCGGUGGCGACCCGGUGCGCUUCGCGGCGGCGGGAACGGCAGCUGCGGGGCCUGGCUACUGCAGAGGCCGGGACGCGCGAGGGGUCAGAGCUGCUGCCGAAGCGGCGGCGGCGGCGUCCGGGGAGGAGAAUCACAGAGGACCAAGAAGAAGCAGUCUUUCGAGAAGUGAUCAGUUUUACCCCGGAUCCUUUGCCAGUUAGAUACUAUGAUGUGGACAGCACCAAACCUAUCAGCUUUUACCUGUCUUCGCUGGAGGAGCUCUUGGCCUGGACGCCCCACAGGGAGGAUUGCUUUAACAUGGCUCUGGAGCCCCUGGGGUGCCGCCAGCCCCCUCUGAGCAGCCAGAGGCCCCGCACGCUGUUGUGCCAUGACAUGAUGGGUGGAUACCUGGAUGACAGGUUUAUCCAGGGCUCGGCGGCGCAGAACCCGUACUCCUUCUAUCACUGGCAGUACAUCGACAUCUUUGUAUACUUCAGCCACCACACAGUCACCAUCCCCCCAGUAGGCUGGACCAAUGCUGCCCACCGGCACGGGGUCUGUGUGCUGGGGACUUUCAUCACAGAGUGGAGCCAAGGCGGGAGGCUCUGCGAAGCCUUCCUGGCAGGGGACGAGGUCUCAUACCAGGCGGUGGCUAAUCAGCUUGUCCAGAUCGCUCAGUUUUUCCAUUUCGAUGGCUGGCUGAUUAACAUCGAGAAUUCCUUGAGCCUGGCUGCUGUGGGGAACAUGCCUUCCUUCCUCCGGUACCUGACCACUCGGCUGCAUCAGCAGGUCCCGGGGGGCCUGGUGCUCUGGUAUGACAGUGUGGUGCAGAGUGGGCAGCUCAAAUGGCAAGAUGAGCUCAACACGAACAACAGGGUCUUCUUUGAUUCCUGCGACGGCUUUUUCACCAACUAUAACUGGCGUGAGGAGCACUUGGUGCGGAUGGUGGGGCAGGCUGGGGAGCGCCGGGCAGACGUGUACGUGGGUGUGGAUGUGUUUGCUCGCGGGCACGUGGUCGGAGGCCGGUUCGACACAGACAAGUCGUUGGAGCUGAUCCGAAAGCAUGGCUUCUCUGCGGCUCUGUUUGCUCCGGGCUGGGUGUAUGAGUGUUUGGACAAGAGAGAUUUCUUCCAGAACCAGGACAAAUUCUGGAGUCUGCUGGAACGCCACCUGCCCACACACAGCAUCUGCUCCUUGCCUUUUGUCACCUCUUUCUGCCUGGGCAUGGGGACACGAAGAGUGUGCUACGGCCAGGAGGAGGCCGUGGGGCCCUGGUACCACCAGAGUGCCCAGGACAUCCAGCCUUUGUUUGGAGAGCACAGGCUAGGAGGGGACGGCAGCGGCUGGGUGAAGACACACUGCUGCCUGGUGGACGCCUGGCACGGGGGCAGCUCCCUGCUCCUCCAGGGCACGAUCCCACCCGAGAUGGGGAAUGUGGCUGUGAGGUUAUUCUCCCUGCAGGUGCCGAUACCUCCCAAAAUCUUCCUGUCCAUGGUGUAUAAACUUGAGGGGCCCACGGAUGUCAGGGUUGCCUUGGAGCUGACCACAGGGGAUGCCAGCAGCUGUCACGUCAGUGGCAUCUCAGUGCUGAAUGAAACAAGCUCGAGACACAGCCCCCGACCCCUCCGGGUGCCCCCCACCAAGCUGGCCAGAUGGGCGGGCCGCUGUGGUCAGCAGCUCAGUGGGGGCUGGGUCCAGCGCUGCUACGAGGUGAGCCUGCGUGGGUGCCUCCUCCUGGACCUUUUUGUGAACUUCUCACGGCCGCCGGGCAGCCAGGGGCAAGAGAGCUUCAUUUGUCGCCUUGGAGAGAUCCAGGUGGUGGAUGCCAACAGCCUACUGACCCCUCUGCCCCAGGUGCAGGCUGUCACCGUCACACACGUUCGCUGGCGGCAGGCCACCCCUGCCCAGCUGCAGCUCAGCUGUACCCUGUACUGGUCCUACCUCCUAGUGCACGUCCGCUGCUUCCGUGUCCACCACCAAGCAGGGGUCACGGGGGACGCUCAUGGCAGGGAGCCGCCGAGACCAGAGAAGCCCACUUUCUUGGGCCUGGCCUUUGCCAACCAGUACCGAAUAGUGGACCUGCUAGUGGAGGCUCCUGGGCCAGGCCAGGAUGGUCGUGUGGAGUUCCUGGUGGAGCCUGUCUCCAGGGAGGGGUUCCUGGUACCGCAGGCUGAGUGGGGUAGGGUGGCCCUGCUCUAUGCUGCCCCCGUGUGAGCCACUGUCCUGGCUGCCUGCCAAGGUUCAUUUCUGCCCAGCUUUCUGCCCUGGGCCUGUGUCCUGCUAUGUGCGGGCAGUGGUGGCCAGACCUAGUUCCCAAGGACUGGGUUGGAAGACCCUUGCUCCCUAGAAGCCUGGGUCCCUGUCUGCAGCUCUUUGGUGGGGUGCUGGAAAUUGGAAAGCCGAGAAGUCAGUUUGCUGAGUUGCUAAUUCUGUUUUUGUCUGAUUUCUUUCUACAGCGUACAGUUCUCAGGAGAAAAUGAGAGGAUUUGAGGAAGUUUAGUCUAGAAAAUUCCAUAAAGGGUCGUUCCUAGUAAGCUGAAAGCUGUUUCUGCCAAGAGUGGUGGGUGGCCUUUCCUCCUGCAGAUCAAACCAUUUGGUCAGGAGUGUAAAUUGUGGCAGGAGCUACUGUGGCUCUCUGGAUGGGGACAGAAUAGCAGGGAUACCUGCAGAAAGGCCCCUUUCUCCUUGGUGACAGGAGCUUAGGGCGAGGAGCCCUGCAUUACACCUGCGGUUGGGUCCACCUCCAGGGUCCUGGCUUCAGCAGUUUCCCAUCCCUGUGAGCCCAGAGUUACUUCCGGAGUGUUCUCAUCAACCUCCAGCUCUGCCGUGACUCCUCCAGGCCAUAGGCAGCAGUGAUGGCACUGAGGCAAUUUGUAUGUGCGGCCCCUCUCUGCCUGGCCUGCAGCACACACGGAGGCUUUGAGACCUGGUGGGGCUUUUGCAGCUACUUUGUUCCUUCACACCCUCCCUCUCAGCCUCACCCAAGGCUGGGGGACCUCGAGGCAGCCCCUUGAGCAGGUGUUGGCACAGGCACAUGGCAGUGCACAGGAGGCAGGGUCCCCUCCGUUCCUUCCUUCUCUUCUCAAAUCUUCGCCUCCCGAGGCUUCUGCAGCCACACAGCUUCCUGCUGCCACCUAUGCUGUCUUGGAGGCUUCCUGAUGGUGGGCUGCAGACCCCAUGGCCCUGGGUCACCCUGCUGGGCCUUUCCCUGCUUUCCCUUCAUCCCCAUGCAGGCAAGGUCUGCUGUGAUUAACAGUCAAGGCUUGAAGUCCCUCAUUCUUGGGGGUCUCUCACCCCCAGGUCACAUAGGGCCAAUGGUACCUUCCCAUCACUGCUGUCUUCUUCCUGUGGUGUGGGGUGGUGCUGAGGGUUAGGAUGCUGGGGUCACAUUGAAGGGUCAGCAUCUGCAGAUUUGAUUUCUCCUUGUAGCACGGGGAGAGGCCAGCAGGCCAGGUCAGCCACACCAUCCCGUCCUGAGAGGGCUCUGAGUGCCAGGUCCCCUUCCAGGGGCCACAGUUGGCCUCUUUCCUCAUCUUCCCUGUUCUGGGAGCGGGUGUGCCAAGCAGUAACAGGGGCAGAAAGCCCUGGGGUUGGGGGCAUCUUUACUGAUUGGGAGCCUUUUCCAUGUCUCACCCAUGGCCCAGCUAGCUGUUAGCCCCAGGAGGAAUCAGUUUGCUGAAGUGAGAGGCAGAGAGAUCCUUCUGCCGACCCUUGUGACCUAGAGUAGUUCUGAGGCCUGUCCUGGUUGGGGGACUGCUGUGGCCCCAAUCUGUAUCCCGAGAGUGGGCGGUGGCAGGGCAGGCAGGGCUGCCAGUGUCAGGCAGCAUUGGAUGGACACUGCUUCCCUUAUUUCAUGAAGUUGGUUUUUUUAAGUGCCUGUUCCCCCAAAUAUUUUAUGCAGAGGAGGGAAAAUUUAUAGUGGCAAUUAUUUUCUCACAGUCUGGUGCAUAGGAGUCAGGGGGCUUAGCAGAGUGUGGUGGGUGGCAGAUUCUCACCACCCUGGCUCCCCGAGAGUGGUCCCCAACCCUGGCAAUGAUGGCUUGUGUGCAGGAAGAUUAACACACCAGCACUUAAGCCUGUACCCCACUGGCAGUGUAAUCGCUUUAAAAUAAAUUAUUUGAUGUUGUGGAAAUGAACUCGCAUCCGGGGGCAGUGGGGUGUGUGGCCCGACUCAGGCUGGAAUCUCCUGGGCCCGAGAGGGUUCUGUUGCUUCCCUGCUCUGUUCUCCUCGCUCUUUUGGCUGGCCCCUUCAGCUCUGUCCUGGCUUCUGCCUCCUGCCUCCCUUCUGGGAGCCUACAGCUGGCCAGCUGGGGUUCUCUGAAGUGGCAGUGCCGCAUGGCCCUGGCUCAGCCUAACCACCAGCUACAGCCAUCCCUGCUGUGGUCCUACUCCCCGUAUCCCCAUCCUCUCUUGCACUGGGUUGAGCACAGCUGUGGGGGUGCCUGGCCUGACCCUUCUGCCUCCUGGGGUACAUUCUGCUCCAGCGAGGUCAUGCUCUGCCUGGCACUGCAUCAGCCCCAGGAGAGAAGGGACCAAGGCCACUCUCUACCUCAGGGUCUUGGGAGUUCCUGCCUGUCCAGUUUGCCCUGGGAUGGGUUGCAAGGACCAGCCUGUAGGAGAGGGUUGGGACUUCAAAGGCUCUAGGCCUAGAAGGUCCUUCUGAUUCUCCAUUGCCACCUACUUAAGGUAAAGGCAGAGUGGUGCCCUCUCCUGGCUUGACCCUUCGCCCGCUGUGCCUGGGAGCUGCCAAAUCAUAAAGAGUUGUCCUGGUUUGAAGAAAGAAAUCUUUAUUAAUAAUCUUAGUGAUACUGUUAAUUUGAAUGGUCACACCUUGGAAGCAUACAGAAUGGUAAGAAAGGAAGCCACGGGCUUGGCUGCAGUCCUGGGGGGUCUGGUUGGAGGGUCAAGCUGCUGCAAGAAAAGGGCCUGGACAGCAGGGUUGGGGCUCUGUACAGAGGACGCGCCGGAGGUGGGCGCGGGGCUAUGUACACUGGGAAUAGAAAAGGAGGAUUCUGUUUCGGUAGCUUCAGUAGCUGAUGCUGAAUAUAAAGUGAGGUGUAUUUUUUAAAUUUUUGACAUUUCAUGAGACAGUGGAGCCACACUGGGAGCUAUUUUUUGUAGAUUUUUUUCCUGCUUUCCGUCUCUAGCUCCCUGCCUGCCACCUUCCACUGCCCCCUCCCAUUCCACUACCCCUUGCACGCCUGGGAGAGGGGGGCUGCGGCUGUGGCCACCGGUCUCCCCAGCCCUUGCUCUUCCUGAUGUGGGUCCCUGCCCAGCCCUGCAGACCUGGCUGUGUUACAGAGCACUGGGACUCCUGGCCUUGUGAUGCCGCUGGUGCGGCCUUUCCCUGGUACCCCCUGUAGGAAUGGGCUCAAGGGGAAGAGGCAGGGAGGGUGGGGGUCCCCGCAGAUUGACUUUUGCUCUUACAUAGGGCCCAAGGCCCUUCCAGACAGAAAAACAGCCACCAAAGGCAGGGCUGCCUGUCCAAGCACACAGGUGUGAGUGGUUCCUGGCCCCAGGCUCCCUCUCACGGUGGGGGGAGGCACCCAGAAUUUUGCAACCACAUCGGCCCUUGUUGGAGUUGGACCCUAGGGCUGCUGGUCAGUUUCCUCACCAGGCUGAGGGAGGUGGGGCCUAGAGGAUGUGACAGGGUGAUGGGGCUCAGCGGAGCCCCGGGAUGAAAAGCCACCUGCCACCCGCCCCCCAGCCCACACGUCCCCUCCACUGCAUAGCUGGCAGCAGAGACUUGAGUCCUGCUGGCCACCUCCUCCCUGCUCGGGCCUGGGGCCUGUUCCACCGCUGGGCCCCACUGCCUUGGGAGUGGGGGGCCGAGAAAGGAAGACCAGAUAGAAAACAGAGCCCCCCACUGCCAUGCAAGGGAGGCCCUGUCGUCCCCUCCAACUCCCCACUGUUCUGCCAGCUGGGCAGGAAUGAGGGAUGCAGGAUGCGGUGGGGGCUGUCCUGUCCCUGGGCCGUGCUCCACGGCGGCCCUGCUGGCGUGCUCCCUCGGUGCGGGCGUGCAGCCAGGUCGCGGACUCGGGCUUGGUUGGAUGCCUCUUGGUUUGGUUGGUUUGGUUGGUUUUUUGUUGCUUGGAUCUUAACAUCUUUUUUUGUUUUGUUUUUUGUUUUGUGAUUUUUUUUGUUUUUUUGUUUUUGCCCUUCAUGGUCCGAGAAGGAAACGGUGGAAGGUUUCACUACAACAGAAACAGAAAGGCAGGACUUGCAGCUUCCUAGGAGCAGCCGUGGACAUGCCGUGAGGGCACCAGGUCCACAUGGCACGGGGCCCCGACACCUGCCCCCAGCUCCUGACACAUGUGUCUGCUGGGGCUGUGUGGAGCCAGAAUUGGGCCUGGGCUGCUCAGGGCAGUGGGAAGGAGCCACUACAGUGGACCUGGCCGGGAGGCGUCCCCUGGUUCUGCCCAGGACAUGGCCUGGCAGGAGGACAGCCAGAGUAGGCGUGUGGAGAGGCAUAGGCUACCUGAGAGAGAGCUGCAGGGCAGGUGAGGUCUGGGCGGUGAGGGGACCCACGCCCUCAGCUGGGUCCUUCCACCCCAGGCGCCCAGCCUGGUGCACUCUGAGCCCAGGACUACUCACUGCUGUCAUAGAGGUACAGAUAUAUGUCCCGGCCAGCCCUGGAAAAGAACCUUGCCUGUCUUGGCUGACUUUCCCAGGGGGCCAGCAGGUCCCCACGGCUGGGUAUGACCACAAGCCUAGCCUGCAUCUCCUCAGGAGCACAUGGGCCAAGGCAGCACCAAGGCCAAAAUGGGUGCAGCCCCGGGCCCCUGCACAUGGUGCCUGAGGCUGGCUGUUAGGAGCAGGCACCCGAGUAGGGAAGUGCUUCUCUCCUGGUGGCUCUCCCUGAAAUGUUCCCUGAUAAAGACAUCUGGAACCUGGGGACAGAGAAAGCAGCUGCAGCUCCAGGACGGAGACCAGUGCGAGGCUGGUCUGGGCCUGCCCCACAGUGCUGAGGUGCCUGUGGAGAGGCUGGGACAGGCCUUCCCUGGUGUCCUUUUCUAAGGAGUCACAGAGACUGGUUGACCAUGGUAGUCUGCACACCAUGUGAUGUGCUCGUCAUUACUUCUGUAGGAAAUGUCAUGAGUAAAUUUUAAUUAAAAAUAUUAGUUUUGGUUGAAUAGGGCAGGGAGGGAGAGGUUAUUCCUCUUACUAGCUGGGCAGUGUGUGGACGGGGCAGGGCCAGGGUACAGGGCUGGCUGUGGUGACUUCUGGGGGAGCCUGGGCCUUCAUGAAAUGUGAGUGUUGCCCUGGCAGGGCGCUACUGCUGGUCCCAUGGGGAAGGCUGCCCUUCUUGGCCCCCACUGUAUGCACACCGUACCUGGGGUGACCCGGGCAGUGACACCAACAAAGGCAAGACAGGUAUCAAGUUUCAGACACACGGGGAAGACCAGGGUCAAAGACACACACACCAGCACAGGUAGGGUGGGGACGCCAGCUGGCUGGAGGUAAAAAUCUAUGGAUCUAGAGUCGCCGAGGGACAGCAGUGUGCGUUGCUGGCCGGGGGGCGGGGAGUGCACUGUCCUCCCGUGGCUGAGCCUGCUGUUGGGGCUGCUGGGAGUAGUGUGUACUGGGCAGCCAGUGUGAAUGCUGUUAGGGGGUGGGUCUCUUGCUAGUAGGGGGUGAAGCGGCUGCACCCUCCUCGGCAGAGGCUAGCCUGCAACAUCAAAGGUGAGAGAGCCAAUCAGUACCACCUUUUGGUAGGGGGGAAAAAGCAAAAAGAAAAACAAUAAGGAAAAACAAAAAGAAACGGCUAGCUCCCAUUUUCUCCCCCCUUACAAUAUUCCUUGGGGAGAAGCAGAAAGGGCCCUGGGUUGUCAUGGCAACAGCAGGGGAGGGGCCUAUUUCUGAUGGGGGGUGGUCUCAGGGCCAGGAAGGGGCCAUCAGCCAAUGGUGCUUCUGGCUCACAAGCUUUUAGUGGCCUGGCCACUUGCUCAGGCCUGGCCAGAACUUUGUCCUCACGUGUCCUCGGCAGGACUACAUAGCAGGGAAGCCAGCUCAGUGAGAGAGGCACAGCGGCUGGGCACAGCGCUGAGGACUUUCUCUCUGGAGGCUGCUGGGGUGCUCACAGGGCUCUCUGGGUCCUCCUGGGCCCAGCCUGUGUCCUGCCAGAAAGGACAGGUCUUGGCUGCCCCUGGUCAGGGAGGGCUCCAAGGGAGCCUCCUACCGCACUUGCCAGUUUUGCCAGAAAAGGGGAAGAAACGGCAAGUUCAAGAGAAGACAAGUAAAGAAAAAACUAGAAAAUCUUCCAUGUAAAAAAGGAACCCACAGAGGGAACCUCCAUGCUGAGGAAAGCCUUCACUAGCAGCUGCACAGAGGGGCUGUGGGCCCCAGUGUCAGGGCUCUGUCCGUGAGGAGAUGUGGUCCCCAGGGCUGUUCCCCAUGGCUACAGCAGUCACCACAGGUUACCCAGGAUGUCCAAGGCUUGUUUAAAAUCAAAAAAGACAAAAGUUGGGAAGGAGUGAUCAGAAACAAGGGAGAUGGAAAAAAAAUCCAUUCUGUCUCCAAACCUCCCUCCUUACUCCCCUCAAAUGUUUUCAUCUUUGAUGCUGGUGCCAAGCUAGCUGAAAACUGACACUGGCCCCUGGGGCUGGGGGCGGUGGGAUAGGAGGGAGGUGUUCAGAGUGAGCUGGGGGCUGGCUCUAGCUCAGCGGUUCCUUCGUCUCUCCAGUGAAACAGAGUGAGCUGGGCUGCAUGUGCCGCCAGCUGGCCAUACAUACACACACACACAGACACGCUGGCCUGCUGGGGGAGUGCAGUGCCCCCGUCUUGCCCUCAGCACUCCAUAGCCUGUGAUGAGGCUGGGGUAGAGGAAUCCCUGAGGAGUCCGGGGGGGGAGAGGCUGGGAGCCUGGUGAGAAGCAGGGUGUCCAUGCUCCCUCCCUGCUGUGAGGAGUAUGUGGUGGUGGGGCAGAGGGACAUGGUGGCACAGUGUGGACACGUCCAGGAAGAGGAGAGAAGGACACACUUGCAGAACAGCCCUUAGGCCUUUGGGUCAGCAGAGGUAGCCCAGGGUUGGUUUCUUGGGUUCUCCUGGUGGUGGGAAUGGAAGGGCCUUAACGGGACUUUGGUUAUGGGGCUCAGAAACACAGGGCAGGCACACUAGGAUGUGUCCCCCAGAGGACUAGACAGGCAGUCUUGUCUCACUCAACUGAGGGUGCAAAGGGCAAGCCCCCUCCCCUCUCCCCAACUCAAAUGCAGGCCUGGACCUUCCGAAGUCACUAGGACUGAGGCAUUAGUCAGAGGUCUCAGUCGCUAUCUAAAGGCUCUGCCCACCCACCCCACUAUAGCGCCGUGCCCAACUCCCAACUCAUCAGGACCGUAAG